AUGAUUCGAGACAGGGUUCCAGCCUCGCGACUGCGCCCACCAACCCCGAUCAACACUUCGCUGGAGGGCGUAGGCAGCCUGCUUUUGACUCGCACUGGUGCUGCGAGCACUGUGGUAGAGCGUGAGAAUAAGGCCCCCGGAAACAGUGACGGCGAAGGUGGCUGCAAGGCAGCCGGGUCGGCACCGGCCGCGUCUAAGGAGCCAGUCGGGCAAACGGUUGAGUCUCGAUCAGAAACGCCUGUGACGGAAGACACGGGUAAGGGUGCCGGCCCUGCGGCCUCCGGUUUGCAACUAACGUCUCAGUUUCCCGCCAGUCUCCCUCACACGUCGCUCCCGAGUGAAUCGGGGCCAUCGCAGCUGUCGACGUUUAUAGAGGAGACACGGCGGCGAAUGGAAGAGCAGGAACGACGUCUGCAAGCCAUGAUCCGUCUACACCAGAAGCAGCUUUCGAGCAGUGCUGCGCCAGCGGGAUAUAACCGCGGCCAAGGCGCUGCAGCGGCGGAGAUGGAGGCGUUGCAUACCAUGAUCUCGUCGCAGAAGCACCUCAUCGAUUCGUUACAGCUCGAAAAGGCUCAGGUUGUGAACGCUUUGCAAACAGAGCGUCUGGCAAAACAAAUGAUAGAGCGGGAAGUCAUGGAGCUUAAAAAUGCUCUGCAGGAGACUGAAAGGCGCAUGCGGCAACUAGCAAAGGAACUCGAGGAAGCCCGCUCGCAACAGCAGCACCUCAGCGAGAAAGAGCUGGGGAAACUGCGUGCGCUAGAGCGCGACUGUGCCGAGCUGGAGGAGGCUCUUGCGGCAGAAAAACGGCAGCGGUUGCGAAUCGUUGAGGAAAAAGACGCUGAAAUUGCUCGAGUGCGUCUGCAAUUAGAGGAGGAGUCUGCCGAAAAAAUCCGCCAAUCCAUCCAUAAGGAGCGAGUCCAUGCGGAUGAAGUGCGUCAAGAAUGCGAACGUCUACGGUUGCACUUGGCUGAGAAAGAAUCGGAAGCCAACGCGUUCCGUGAUCGCGUUCGUCUCUUAGAGACUCAAAUGCGGGAGAAUCUGGAGCGUCAAAGCGAGCACGAGCAAAAAUGCAGGCAGCUUGACAGUGAUCUGCUGUGUUUGCGCAACGAACUUCGCAGCGCAGAGGAGGCCAAACAAGCGAUCGAGCAAGCGCUCGAACGGUGCCGUCAAGAUAAUGCUGCGUUGAAAGCGGCUUGUCAAAGUCUCGAGACUGCGUUGCAAACUAUACGAGCAGAGAAGCUCUCUAUGGAAGCCAUGCUGGGUUCGCAUGAACAACGUUUCGAACAGAAUGACAACGAGAUCAUGGAACUUCGCGCAAAGCUUGCGGAUCGGGAACAAAUGGUCCGGGAGCUUGAGGAGCAAGCUCGGGAAGAUGAAAAGGUUCGACGAGAACUCCACAACAUGGUUCAAGAACUGAAGGGAAAUAUACGAGUUUUCUGUCGAAUACGUCCAUUGUUGUCUGAAGAACGCCAAUGCAACCCCGAUGUACUCUUCCAACCGGUUGCGCGCUCUUCCGGUAGAGGCCUCGAAGUGUAUGCGCCUUGUGAUCAGAAGCGUGGCAGCUGCUUCCGGACUGAUCGCCCGUCGUCCGGCGGAGAGGUAGCAUCCACUGCUGCAACGCACGAUCGACCAAGAUGGGUAUUCCAGUUUGAUCGAGUUUUCGAUGCUUCUUCCACUCAAGUCCAGGUAUUUGAAGAGAUAUCUCAACUUGUUCAGAGUGCUCUGGACGGUUACAAAGUCUGCAUUUUCGCGUACGGGCAAACGGGGAGCGGGAAGACGUUCACGAUGAUCGGUGAUCGGCAAAAUCCGGGCAUGAUUCCGCUCUCGGUGCGCCAGGUUUUCGCCCAUGCUGCUAGGCUCUCCGAGCAAGGCUUCACGUUCUCCUUCGAGGCUUGCUUUUUGGAGAUCUAUAACGAGCAUAUUCGGGAUUUGCUUGCGAAAGACAACGGCUCCGCGUCGACGGAGACUUCCGAAACGAACAAAUACACCAUUAAGGUGGAUCGAGCCACUGGCAGUACCUAUGUUAGUGAUUUGCAAAUGGUGCAAGUCCGCAAUGCUGACGACGUAGAACGCCUCUUGACGAUCAGCGCCCGCAACCGUAUGACCGCCUCAACAAAUAUGAACGAGCGCUCAUCGCGUUCGCAUUCCGUCUUUCGCCUGUACAUUCGGGGAGAGAAUCGCGAAAUGCAGCAGAAAAUCCACGGUCUACUGAACUUGAUCGAUCUAGCCGGAAGCGAACGGCUUGCGCGCAGCGGCAGCGAGGGCGAACGUCUUCGCGAGACCCAGCACAUCAACAAGUCACUGAGCGCCUUGGGAGAUGUGAUCGCCGCCUUGGCGAACAAGGACAAACACGUACCAUUUCGCAACAGCAAGCUGACUUUUUUGCUCCAAGACUCGCUUGGCGGUGACUCAAAGACACUCAUGUUUGUGAAUAUAAGCCCAACAGCGGAGAGUUUCCCCGAGUCGCUCUGCAGUCUGCGAUUCGCUGCCAAGGUGAACGCCUGUGAUAUUGGAACGGCUCGACGCAGCCAACGAGUCUCUUUCCAGGAGCCAUAG